AUGAUGAAGCGAAGCCGAGACUCGGGGUCUCCGCCUCGCAAGAAGCAACGUCUCAGCGAUGAGAUAUCGCCCACGCAGGAAGAAGAAGCAGACAGCUCGCUGACCAGAAAUGGAAAACUUGGUUUUCUCGAUCUGCCCGGUGAGAUCAGGAACAUGAUCUACAAACAUGCCCUCUGCAGGAAUUACCUACAGAUAUCAUCAUUACACUCAGGCUUCGAGACUGGACAGGAAGAUUUUCAACAAAAGACACAUUAUCUUUCUAAUUGUUGGGUGGACGAAAUAACAACGAAGCUUUUGCUGGCCAACAAAACCGUUCAUGCUGAAGCCGCAUCACUCCUCUACGGAAACAGGUUUGAUUUUUGUGAACUAGAGAGUUUUUACUCCUUCAUCGUGGACUUGCGUCCCGAGACUAGAUCCAGGCUCCGGCAUAUCCGCAUCGUUGACUAUCACGAAGAAACACCGCGACCUCGGUGUGCUGGACUCGCUUUCGAUAUCCUCAAAGAUGCCCCCAACCUCGAAUCUUUGACUCUUAAGUUUUGGUAUUUCACUUCCUUCUCUGUUAUCAGGGAUUUUUGCACCGUCUUCUUUGAAGAUAGCCGCACUUGGCUGGAGACAGUUGCGAAAAGGAAAGGGAGCAACCGCGCUGCUGUAGAACUUAUCCGGACAACUUUUCGGGAUGAUUUUAUCAUUUGGUGUGGACAAAGACACGAAGCUAUGUCCCACUCUGAGGAGAGGGAAUAUGAGGGAAAUCAAUAUUUCCACAAAGUAUUCCUCGAAAUGCUGGAAAAACCACAGUAG